AUGGAGGACCAGAAAGCGAUGGAGAAGUACACUGGAGGUAUUAGUUUCAAACUAUUUUCUAGGAAAAACCGAGAGAACGAUGUUCUGAGACAAGGAAUCAAUAUUAGGAAAUUCAAUGUUUUAUAGUCUGUGUGUCACGACUUCGAAUUUCACCGAACGACAUUCCGCUGUGCCGCUGCGCGCCUUUGCGAACCUUGGUCGCGCUUUUAAUUUUUUGUUCUUUUAUUGAGGUACUCUACUUUCAUGGGCUCCCACAGCAAAAACAAUCAAUUGAAGGCGUGACCUAGAUUUAAUAGACGCUUCGCGAACGCACGCAGCGGAACAGCGGAAUGUCGUUCGGUGAAAUUUCAAGUCGUGGCGCACAUACUAUAGUUUUCAUAACAGAAAAGUUUAUAAAAAAACUUUUCCGUCCUUUAAUUCUAAACUUCAUCGUAGUUUUUUUAAUAGAAAUUUUUAAGAGAAGUCAUUCGUUUCGAUUUUCGAAUGGGUUUUUCGACUGAAAAGCGGAUCUGAAGUCAUUCCAACUGCUCCGUGUGAGCCAACGAGCCCCAACCAACCCAUCACCAGUUUACAGAAACCGAAGGAGAACGGUAGAUUAUUUUUACUCAAUGAGAAAAGUCUGUGUAUUUUCCUGGAUACUGUAAAAAAAAGGUUAGAAGAACGGGAGAAAUGAAAAAAAGAUUCCGAAAAAAAGUAAAUGGUGAAAAAAAGGAAAAAAAGGAGGAACUUUUUUGAAUAAAUAAAUAGCUCUCAUUUGAAUUUUUGAUUUAAAAAGCAUAACCAUUCGAAAUCGAUAAUAGAGAUUCCCACCAGUCAGUUCAAGUGUGACGACAGAAGGGCAUUUCAAAAAUAGAGAACUUGAAUAUUUAUAUGAGCCACAAAUAAAGAGACAUAGACUUCAGUGAGAUUAGAAUCAUCUUGAUUUCAAAACGGAAAAUGAACUGCUCACGUCUUUUGCCGCCGACCAAUUUUGGAGGCGUCAAAACAUUAUUUUGCCCAAUACUAAAACUACAACGUUAUUCAUUCGAGCAAAAACUGUAACUUCUUUUUUUGAAGCCAGGACCUUCUAUAUAUCGGAGGUGUCAGCAGAAACCCUGACAAUUGUCAAAACUUUUAUAUUUCAAUGUUAUAAGUUGUUUAGUCCAGCUUCUUUUUAAUCAGUUCUCUGGCGUAUAGGAAUUCCGGGUUACGAGUUCGAAGGGAGCGAAGCGACGCACAGUGGAACGGUCUUGAAGGAAGAAAAUAAAGAAGGAGGGGAUAAAACAAUAACGGUGCAUGAUUCCGCCGGAGCGAAAGGGAGUGCGCUUUCGGCAGAGCAAAGGAAGAAAAUAUUUGAAAAGAGGAACCGUAAGCGUCUUUUUUUCUUCUUUUUUUCUUCCCCCAUCAUCAAUAUUAAUAAUAAUAAUAACAGUUUAUUCACUGCCAUAAACAGACAUUAGGAAAUAUAAAAAAUAUAAGUGAUCAACAUAGGAAUAACAACUCUCGGCAAUAAAUCAACCCCAACGAGUUGACCGGUGCCCGGAAGAAGGAAUAUUUUCAUAAAAAAAAGCUCGAAUCGGAAGAUUCAUCAAUUUUUUCCGAAGGGUAAAAACGUUUCUCAAGGGCCACAAGACCUCACAUAGUAAAAGAAAAAAAAAUACGGAAAAAUGGAAAUUAUUCUUCAUUACAUUUUGGUUCGAACUGAGCUCUUAUCAAUUAUUAUGAAGAUAAAUUUUUUCAAAACUUUUUUUUUUCUUUUGUAAAAGGCGAUACAUUUUCCGCUAUUUUUCGACUUCUUUUAAGAAUUGGCUCUGCCCAUUCCCCAUCUUCGAAGUUUAACCGAAGGUUUUUGGAAAGUGCUAACAUGAAAUUGAUGGGAAUAUUAUUUUGAAAAAACCAUGUGAAUUUGCAGAAAUUAAACAAGCAGUGUGAUACCGUUUGAACUUUGAAAAAAAUCUAGAGAAAAAAAAAUUUUUUUCUAUAGUUCUAUGAAAGGACUUUUCAUUAAUUAUAUAGCUGAUUCACGGCUGGCUUGAGCCAUCGAAAAAAUGGUCCUGACACGAUAAUGCAUGAGAUAGUGCCUGGCUCGUGGAGAGCGCAGACAGGCCACGCCCCUUACCGUCCCAAGCGGGCCGUGAAUCAGCUAUAUCUAUACCGUAAAAGUUUUCAAGACCACAUUUUCGACUGUAAACAAACAAUAACGGAUUAGACUUUCAGUUUCAUUUUCCAUUCUAUUUACAGAAGGUGAUUUACACGAGAUUAUAGUCCCAGAAAGAGAAGAAAAAAUUGUGAGAAAGGAUGAUGAAAGUUUCCUGGAGAAUAUCUCCUUCUAUCACGGGUAAAAGUUUUCGAUUGAAUGCCACAUCGAAAUCGAUUAUUUUCAGCUUCUUGCCGCAGAUGGAGACUAUGAUCUUCAUCAAACGAAGUGGCGACUUUUUGCUGAGAAAGUGCGAGGGUGAAGCAAAAUGAAAAUUCAAACUAUUGAUAUGAUUAUUCAGACGAGGGGAAAGAGUUUCUGAUGAUUUCAGUCGGCAUCCUAUUGGACUGCGUGGAAGAUGGAUCUGAAAGUGAUUCUUUUUAGUAGCUUGUUUGAUGAUUUUCAUAGUCGGAAAGUUUUCCAAAUGAAAUUUUUAGCGAUUAAAAAGAUUAGUUCUCAAAUAAGGUUGUGCGAGAUUCAAUCUUGUCUCGAAAUAAAAUUCGUACUUCUCGAAAAAUUUCGGGAAACUCUCUAGAGAUUCCGAGAUAGGAACUCUACAAAAUAGUAGCUAAAAAGUCAAAGUUUAGAGUUAAAUUCGAUGGUCCCGAUGCAACAAGAGCAAAUCUCAAACUAAAUUUUCUGUUUAAAUUUCCAUCAAAGUUUUCAUCCCAGUACCCCCUUAUUUUUCAAAUUCCAGACCUGGAUGAGAAUUACGGCCAAAACGAAGCAGUGAGGGUUAAAGACUACAUUGUUCGUCGCCACGAAGUCGGGGUGUUUAUUGAACAGCAUAUGGUUUUCGAGUGUUUGGAGGAUCUUUUUGUCUUCUAUAUGCUCCAUCCAAACAAGGUGAACGAUAUUGAUAAAGAAGAUAAGUGAGAUUCCGGAAGAAAAAGGGUGCCGAAAAUAUAGUCUGUUCAGAUUUUCAAUGUCAAGUGCAAUGACGUCAUUCAAAAACACUCUGUGAAUGGCUCGCUCUCUGAUUGGUUUAUCGCACCAAUAGGGGCGGAGCUUGAGCGAUGACUUGACAUUCAAAAUCUGAACAGACUAUAGCGAUUUGACCAGAAAGUUCUUGCAGUUUUCAGUACCCUCACUUGACAGAGAUUUUCUUGAAAGAAAUUUUUGGGCUGAAUAUCAUUGUUAUGCUGAUUGACAGUUUUAAAAAACUUUUCUCGCGAGAAAAUGAGACCGCCUAAAAAGCGCUUCGACAGUUUCAAAUCAUCCAGUAAAUCAGGAUUUGAUAUCAUCGACUGAGAAAUUUGUUUAUUUUUCGCUUCUGUGUGUCCAAAUGUUCAGAUAUUUUUUUUCUUUAUCACAAGGAUAAAUCCUAAGCGAAGUUCGGAUCAUUUGAAGACGAGAAUUGAAAAAUGCAAUAUUUUUUUUUUUGGAUAGCCCAAGGCCAAUAAAAAGCGUUCUUCUAAGUUUCGAGGAAUAAAAAGCAAUAGUUAAAAGAGCUUGUAUCGGAAAUGAAAAGGUCUGAUCGUUUUUGCCAUUCAAAAAGUAUAAAACAAUAAAAUAUAUGUUUCAGGCGUCUCUAAACGUUCAUUUGAAGCGCGCAUGCCCAAAGCGCGUAUUUCAAUUCAGCGCGGAUCAAAUAACGAGAAAAAAAACAGUGAGUUAUCCAGUUGAAGUCCAAACUAUAAUGAACAAAAAGGAAUUUUCCAUGAACAGUAGAAUAUUUAGCAACACUGAUUUCCUUUCUCUCAAAUUUCACGAUUUUGACUCUUUUCCAAGAAUUUGUCAAAAAAAAAAUAGUUCCACGGAAUAGCAGGCUAAUCGUCUUGAUACAGAAUAAUAUGGAUGUAAGCUGAACACAUUUAUUCAUCAAGAAUUUCAAAUGGAGCACUAAAUUGACUGAAAGAGAGAAAAUCUGAAUUCCUUCAAACAAAAAGAUCUUUUUUUUGCUCUACCAUUCUGAUUUUCAAAAAAUAACCUAUGGGAAAGGCUAAAGUUAAUUCUUUCCGCUCGGUUCGGGAGCCUUUGGCGAGGUCUUCCUCGCCGAAGUGAAUUCUUUUGGGAUCUACGGAGAGGAAGUCGCCGUCAAAUCGGUGAGGAAAAACUGUCUUUUGAAAAAUGUCCUUUUUUUUGCAGCUGCUAAUGGAUAGUGCAAAUCUGAGCAACCUUAAAGAAAAAAUGCUCGAAGAGGCACGGAUAAUGCUCUCACUUAGACAUGAAAAUGUCGUCGAAAUUUGCGGAUGGGCUAUCGACAAGCAGCCGUUUAUGGUCUUGAUAGAAUACAUGCAAGGUGAGCGAAUCCUAUUUGAAAAAAGAAAAUCAGCUCUCUACUUCUUGAAAUCCUAUAUAUUCCAUCCGUUGAGAGGAGCUGAAAUAUAAUGUUAUAUUUUGCUAGUUGUUGAAGUAAAAUAUUUAUUAUAUCCUAAUACGUAGAAACGUGGGUUGUGUAGCACAGGGCCUCAGACCUCGGUUCCAUGUUGGAUCCGAUUUUCGCUUCGAACCAGGUGAACGAGAUCUCCUGGUUCUCAGCAGGAUCCUGUCUGACUCCGACAGGACCCCGACCGAUCUGAUGAUCAGUCGCGUCGACCGAAGAGCUUUGAACAGCUGGGAUUGUCUCACUACGCAAAGCUCGUGAGAUCGGCUCACGCGAUCUGGUAGAUCACGUAUACGCCGAAUUUAAAGUUCAGACCAUAAGGGCAAACAGCUAUAAGCUAUGUGAUCGUUUCGUAGUAUUGGAAUAUAAUAAAAUGGAUUUUUUGUAUGAAAUAGGCAAAAUCCUAAUGAAGCGGUACUUGCCAGGUGGCUCGCUCGAUAGCUUUUUGAUCCAAAACUUCGAAGGGUCAAACAUAUCCCUUCUUCUGAAGUUCGCUUUCGAAGCUGCCAAAGGAGUAUCUUACCUACAUCAGAUGCUAGUGCUCCAUCGUGAUGUGGCUGCGCGAAAUUGCCUCCUGGAUUCCGAUCUCAGGGUUUGAUCCGAAUUCACAACUAGAAUGAAUCCCUCUCUAGCUGAAAAUCGGCGAUUUCGGCCUCGCCGUAAACGGCCGUUUUCACUAUAUGAAGACCGCGGAAAAGCUGCCAACCCGCUAUCUAUCGCCGGAGACGCUAUCGAUGUUUGUCUUUUUUCAAGCUACCGAUUGUUUUGCUUUCGGGGUGAGUUUUCGACUUGCUAAGGAUUACCGAAAAAUGGAUUAUUUUAGAACCUGAUUUUCGAGAUUUUUAGCGGUGGCAUGAUGCCCUUCGAGGAGUUCAGUUCUGCCGAUGCCAGACUAAAAGUCUGUUCCAUUCGUUUUUUUUAUAACACAUUCAAUGGCAUGACCAAUUUCACAAAAGAUAUUUUUUUGAAGUCGUAUUAGUUUGAUAAUUGCUUUGUACGAGGGCUGAGCCUUUUAAGUUUUUUUUUUAAAUUGCAGAGAAAAGAAGCAAAUGCUUCGACUUCAUUCACAAGGGUAGUAAUUUUGUUGUUAAACAUGGAGUUUCUUUUAAUGGAACUUGAAGCUUUCGUGAUGCAAUAUUUGUUUUCGAAAAUCAAGACUAAAACUCAUACUUCUCAAGUUUCAAAGCUCUCUUGUGAAAAGACUAUCCGGAGUCUUCAUCUAGACUUCCAGUAGUGCAAAAAACUUUAAACUUUACGAAAAAUAGACAAAAUUCUGUGUUGAGAUCUUAAACAGCGAGUUCAAUGAUCUGGAAACAACUCGAGCUCCUCCGGCGCUCCGUUCUUUCGUCGAAGAAAAACUGUGGACGUAUCGAAUGAAGGAGAGAGCUGGCAUGGAGGAAGUUCUCGAGUUUAGUUGGCUGAUUUUCAGGAAAAUUUUCAGACUGUACGCCUUCUCAAAAGCCUCUACAAGGAAUAUAAAAAGGUCAGUUCAUUUAUCUACAUUAGUUUCUAAUUCAACGCAAUUUUCAGAUGGAAGGAGGGCCGAAGACGAAUACGCAAGUUUCGGAAGAAGUCAGCCUCGUGAGUUUGAAAAACCAAAAUUUCAAAAACUUUUUUCGAAGCUUUCUGAUGAAUUUCAGUAAGAACCACUGAAUCAUGAUUUGAAUCGGUUAAAAUAAAAUAAUGAUCAGCGGACAAGCGCUCUAGAAAAAAAACCCCAAGUUCAGCUCUCUGAUAAAACUUUUUUUUUUUCUCGAGCAAAAAACUCUAUCACUACAGGGAAACCAAGAGGUGGACGCCGUCAAAAAGGGAAUGUCGAAAAAAAUGCGCCGACGAAAACCCGUUAGCCGCGCUGUCAGUUACGCCUUUGCCUGGACCAAACUGAGAACUUUUUUCAAGGAGUUGCUGGAGGACAUUUGUCCUACUCAGGAGGAGACGGCCGCCAACAAUGACUGA